AUGGCCACCCAUCUUGCUGCCGUCUCCCUCGCAAAAGGUGAGCCUUUCGUGCUUCAAGAUCGCCCCACGCCAAAACCAGGCCCGGGAGAGCUCCUCAUCGAAGUCAAAUCUGUAGCUCUCAAUCCGGCAGACGGUCACAUGCGUGACCACGGUCUCUUCAUACCUACCUACCCCACUGUCAUCGGCUUCGACAUCUCGGGACUAGUACUUGAGGUCGGCAGCAAAGUUCCCGUCGGUGUUACCGAUGAGGGCGCCGGCCCCCUUUUCCGACCGGGAAUCACCCGCGUCGCCGCAUACGCUGCCUCCUUCUGGAAGUCCUACGACCCUAACUACGGUGCCUUUCAGGAGCGGUGCCUCAUUCCCUGGCAGCACGCUCUGCCUCUUCCAGAUGAGAGUAUCUCUUGGAACCAAGCGGCAACCUUGCCCGUCGCCGUUGAGGUGCCCCUUAGCGCGUGGGAUGCUAUGGGGAUUCUACGGGUGGGAGAAGCCACUGCCUCUUCUUCCGCCCCAGCCGGCGCUAUAACCCAGGAAAAUAAGAAACAAAAGAGAGAGGCCUUAUUGAUUUGGGGAGCUUCCUCUAGCGUGGGCACAAUGGGCGUGCAAAGCGCCCGGCUGCUGCGGGAAGACCGUGAUUCUUGUUUCGCCGCCGUCUACGCUACGGCUGGUGCGGCGAAUCGGAAAUACGUUAGCUCCUUAGGCGCAGACCGCGUGUUCGAUUACAAGGAACCACAGGUUGUGGAUGCCAUUGUUUCUGCGGCCAAAGAGGAUGGCUUAGUGAUUCGGCACUGCUUUCUUGCCACGGGGCAGCUGGCGCCGUGCCAGGCCGUGCUUAAGGCUUUCUUCAGUGACGAUCAAGGCGGAGAGAGCCAGAGGGCGAAGAUAGGAUCAGCCCCGAUUAUCCCUCCGGAUGUGGAAGAGGUAAAUGGAGUGGAAACCAUCUUUUUGAUGCCGUCGAUGGACGAAGGGGAGAGGUCGGCUCAGUUCCGAUAUUGGAUGGGGGCGUGGCUGAGGGAGAACCUGGCCAAUGGGACUAUUAGGCCGAGCCCGGAGCCGAGAAUCGUGGGGAAGGGUUUGGGGGCUAUUAAUGCUGGGUUGGAUGUGCUACUCCGGGGGGUGAGUUGUACGAAGUUAAUUGUUGAGGUUGCCGAGUGA